CCACGUUGUAUAAAUAGUAAGCGGCAACUCUUUUAGAACGGACCCAGUUUGAGUGGGGGGAAAGAAGCGGAGGGGGAGGAGAACGAAUCCAGUGACACCGUGAAAUUGUAUUAAACAUGCCAUUCCUUCCUCUAUGCACUUUCACGUUGCCUAAACUUUGCGCUCACUGGAUGUCUGGUGUUUCGGAAGUUUGAAGCAAGCAAGCAAGCAGACAGGCACCUGAAAGUGGUGCGCGCUGAGGUAUUACCAAGGAAGAACAAUUAUUUCCAUCGGCAGCUAUCAUCACUUUCCCGAAUGCCUCCUGCGGUCAUCUUAUGCCUGACGCAUUGGACAAAGUGAUGCCUGUUCAUAUUUUAACCAUAAAGGUGAUUUGAGAGAGUGCGACAGAAGAGCAAGUCGAGGAGAGAGGAGACAUAAACAGCCCGGCAAAGCACCGGAUUCUUACAUUUUUUUCUAAAAUGCACUUGUUUGGAUUAUCUGUCUUGGUCGCGUAUUCAGCAUUCCUUUACACAAACCUUGCGAUUGACUCAAGCCAAGACUAUUAUGAUUAUGACCAGGACCAAGGAGAUGUCACGGACUACCCAGAGCCUGACUUGGAGGAGAGGUUACGGUCCGUGUCCAGCGUGGAUGAGCUCAUGCGGAUUGUUUACCCGAGCUACUGGACCAUGCUCAAGUGCCGCUCCAAACGGGGCGCUCGCUACGCUCUCAGGGACCACGUCUCCACGGAGACACGCUCAGACGAGCCACUCACAUUUGCGGCAGCUUAUAUCAACUUCGACAUUCUUAAAAGUAUUGAGACAGAGUGGAGAAAGACCCUGUGCAUGCCACGCGAAGUUUGUUUAGAUGUGGGGAAAGAGUUUGGGGCGCCUGCAAACACCUUCUAUAAACCCCCCUGCGUGUCUGUCUACAGAUGUGGCGGCUGCUGCAACAGCGAGGAGCACCAGUGUAUGAACGUCAGCACCUCCUACAUCAGCAAGACACUGUUUGAAAUCACAGUGCCGAUUAAACAAGGUACAAAGCCAGUGACCAUCAGCUUUGCCAAUCACACAAUGUGCCGAUGCCUGUCAAAGUUGGACGUUUACAGACAAGUGCAUUCCAUCAUUCGGCGGGCAAUUCCAGAAUGUCAUGUGGCCAAUAAAACAUGCCCCAAGAAUCACAGCUGGAGCCAUCGCCUCUGCAGAUGUGUGCCACAACAAGGAGCUCCUCUCCACCCCCCACAUUCUGAAUCGUUUGAGCCAGAUGUCUGCGGGCCAGACAAGGAGCUGGACGAGGACACGUGUCAGUGCGUCUGCAAGAAGCAGCUGCGUCUGAGCGGCGGCUGCGGGCCACACCACUACCUGGACAAGAACACCUGCCAGUGCACCUGCAAGGCCCAGCCGGCCUCCUGCGCCCCAAACCAGGCCUUCAAUAAGGACACGUGCCAGUGCUCCUGUGCCAAGGUGUGCCCCAGGAGCCAGCCACUCAACCGCACCAAGUGUGUGUGUGAGUGCACCGAGUCACCCAACAGGUGUUUCCUCAAGGGUAAGAGGUUUCACCAGGGCACGUGCAGUUGCUACAGGCCGCCAUGCAAAGAGAGGAACAGGAGGUGCGAGACAGGUUUUUACUUCAGCGAGGAGGUGUGCCGCUGCAUACCCACAUACUGGAGGAGGGUGGACUGAGGCCGAUAUUACACGCUGCUGUCACAAUCAGCCAAUCAAACACAGGGACACUGGCAUGUGGAACAGUGUGUGUGUGGGCCACAGGCCAUUGAAUGGACACUACUCCUCCAUGUUGUGGAAUAUGGUGCGGGCCAACAGGAACUGAACACAGAGAUUCAGAUUGCUCCUAUACUGGAGGAUGGAAAAAACGAAUGCUAAAGACUUGAGGAUUCCAAGCUCGAGCCAUGGUCUUUUUUAAAUGUCGUCCGUUGAUUUAUCAUUCUUAUGUGUCAGAUAUUGAUUAUAUAAUUUAUUGCCACUAAAUAUUAUUGAAACUUUUUAUGUUCAUAGUAAUGUCAGAAAAAUACACUGUGAUCAAUAUUUUUGUAUCAU